AUGGUUCAGAUCCCAGGACUCUCCGAUUCGGCUGCUUUGUCUGCUCUCAAAAACGGUUUGUGGCACGAAUCCCGGCUCCGGGAGGAGCUGACGGUUAAUCGCCCAUCCAAUAUCCAGGAUGCCCUUCAUCGGGCCUCGAACUGGAUAGUGGCGGAAGAGGAAAAAGCCGCGCUUGCGAAAAAGUACAAGGUGAGUCCCAAGCCGAGCUUCGAUCAAGGAGCCCGGCGGAGUUCCCAGGGUCAAAGGCCGGGGCCGGGCACCUUCGCGGUGGAUCACCAGAAGGGAGGUCCGAAAGGGGGGUCAUCGAAGUCACAGUUCGGGCCGCGAGGUAGGAACGGGGCCUCGCCCACCAACAAAUGGGUCCGAGAAGAGCAGGACGAUGACUCCUUCUGCGAACUCCACAAGGUCGCUGGACAUGCCACCAGGAACUGCAAAAAACUAAUGCACCUGCUUGCGGAGAGGUUCGUUAGCGGGGGGAUGCCAGAUAUAACAAUUGACGAACUCGAUCAAGCGCAGAACACUGUCCAGCUCGUGGCUGAAAUGGCUGCUGAGGAGGAGGAGCUUCCCCCGGCAAAAAAGCCUAAGGCCCUUAUCGAAGAGAUCCCCCAAGGAACGAAGAAGCGUAUUGACGUCAUCAUGGGGGGGUCUAGGAUGUUCCGGAACUCCAUCAGAGCCAUAAAAGAUCACCAGAGGAAACUGAGUGAGUCAGGUCCGAAGAGGCAGAAAACAUGCGAGGUUUACCCCGAGAUAACUUUUUCUGAGAAUGAGACUGAGGACCUGGACUCCCCCCAUGACGACGCUCUGGUCAUUACGUUGGACGUAGCGAACCACGAAGUGUGCAGGAUAUUGGUCGAUACAGGGAGCUCGGUAGACCUAAUCUUCCUGGAUACACUCGUCAGGAUGGGGAUCGAUAAGAGUCAUAUUACGGGACCUCCGGCCCCUCUGGUAUCAUUUACCAGCGAGACCUCAAUGUCUUUGGGGACCAUAACCCUCCCGGUUGCCGUGCAAGGAACGUCUAAAAUGAUAGAGUUCACUGUCUUCGACCGACCUGCAGCUUACAACGCCAUUCUAGGAACCCCGUGGUUAUACCAAAUGAAGGCAGUCCCGUCUACCUACCACCAGUGCGUCAAGUUUACAACGCCGAACGGAGUCCGCGAAAUCUUGGGGAGUCAACGCGUAGCCCGGAGCUGCUAUCUAGCCGGACACAAGCUAUUGGUCCAAUAG